AUGUCCGCAGACUCCUUGGAGCAGAAGGGGAAAAAUAUUACUGAAUCGAAUGCAAGCGUAAUUCAAUGUCCUUUAAGCCAGCAACACCGUAGCUCUUUAGAUGGGCCAGUUUCUAUCCUUUGGGAUAUUGAAAAUUGUCCUGUUCCAAGUGAUGUACGCCCAGAAGAUGUAGCUGGUAAUAUAAGAAUGGCUCUGCAAGUGCACCCGGUAAUUAAAGGAGCUGUUAUGAUGUUUUCUGCUUAUGGGGAUUUCAACGCUUUCCCCAGGCGACUUAGAGAGGGCUGUCAGAGAACUGGUGUUAAACUCAUUGAUGUUCCUAAUGGGAGAAAAGAUGCUGCUGACAAAGCAAUCUUGGUUGACAUGUUCUUAUUUGCUCUUGACAAUCCUCCACCGUCCUCUAUCAUGCUAAUCUCCGGAGAUGUUGAUUUUGCUCCAGCGCUCCACAUUCUUGGUCAACGAGGAUACACUGUAAUUCUUGUCAUCCCUGCUGGUGUUGGUGUUUCAUCUGCCCUAUGCAAUGCUGGUAAAUUUGUCUGGGACUGGCCUAUUGUAGCUCGUGGAGAAGGUUUUGUCCCUCCCUCAAAGUUGUUCGCGCAGCCACGCGGAAGUUCAGUUGAGCUUGCUGGAUAUUUUAUGGGAUGCCAUAUCAAUGAUAGUGCUGACGGACAAAAUGAAGAGGAAGCAAUAGUUUAUAGAGGGAUGUCCCAGGGAUAUUACAACUCAAGAGAGUUUUCACUGGUAUCACAAUCUCUAUCUGAAUAUAACCCACCACACAUGUCUUACUUGCCAACAUCUACGAGGUCGUAUAGCCUUCCAUCUGGAUUGAAUGAUGUUGCUGGAGGACCUAUGCCUUCUAGCGACAAUACUGAAGGCCAGAUAUGGGUACAGCCUGGGGAUUUAAAUGGUCUCAAGGGCCAGUUAACAAGGUUGCUCGAACUAUCUGGCGGAUCCCUGGCCCUGGCCCGAGUUCCAGCAGAGUACCAGAAAAUUCAUGGUAAGCCACUUUUUGUAUCUGAAUAUGGAGCAUUUAAGUUGGUUGAUCUUUUCAAAAAAAUGGAUGAUGCCAUUUCCGUGGAAGGGAAAGGGGCUCGCAGAUUUGUGUAUCUCAGAAACAGGAAAGGAGGCACAAGUGCUCCUCCCCUGUCUCUUUCAAAAAAAGAUAAGAAGGGAAAAGGGGCACUGGAAGAGAAUGCAAAUGCUGUCAUCGGUGGCUGCUCUUCGGAUGAGUUGUCAGAUGAAGAAAGAGUAGUCAUUGAAGAACAUGAUGGAAGAAAUUUUACAGGAAAGCGUACUAAGGGGAGAGCAGCGAGAUGUCAAAUUGAUGGCCGUGUUCUUGAGCAGUUUAAGUGCGAACUGCAGGAAAUUCUGGUCAGCUAUUCCUGUCGGAUACUUCUAAGUUGUUUCGAGGCUGUAUACAAGCAACGAUACAAGAAACAGUUGGAUUAUCAGCAAUUUGGUGUGGACAAGUUGGAGGAUUUGUUGGAGAAAGUGAGUGAUGUGGUAGUAAUGCACGAGGAACCGAUAUAUACCGUCUUUCAAGCAUGA